AUGCAAGGUUUAAAUAAAUUGAAGAGAGAAAAGGUUUUGUGUGAUGUUACCCUGAUAGCUGAAGGUGAAAGAUUUGAAGUCCACAAAAUCAUCUUAGUCUCAUGUUCCGAUUAUUUCAGAUCCAUGUUCACGAGUGGCAUGAAGGAAUGCACACAGAAAGAGAUUGAGUUAAAAGGUAUUACCAGCAAAGGUCUUGAAAAAGUUCUUGAAAUAAUUUACACAUCGACUACAUAUUUGGAAGGGGAUGAUAUUUUUGAUGUCAUUGCUGCUGCUACUCAUCUGCAGGUCACUCCCGUAAUAGAAUUCUGUGAGCGAAACUUUCUAAGUGGAAUGACGACAAGCAAUUACUACGAUUUCAUCAACACUGCACGACUCUACAGCAUGUCAAGUGCUCUAAGGCAGAUUGACACAUUCAUCUGCAAAAAUUUAUUGCAAAUAUCAAAAGAUGGUACACUACACCUGCUGACUUAUGAACAAAUAAAUGCCUGUCUUAACUAUGGGUCUCUUAGCUUAAAAGAAAUUGACAUAUUUCAGGUUGUUUGGGAUUGGUUGAAGCUCGAUUCAGCCCAAGAUUUGCAUUCAAUUCCUCUGAUGAAAUGCAUUAGGCAUGUUCAAGCUGUAGAUAUCAUGAUGAAACAUGUAGAGUUAAGAGACAUGGUGGUAUGGGCACUGAAUUACCAUGUUGUGCCUCACUCCCAGCCAAUCAAAGCUAAUCCAUCCAUUACAACUCUGCGCACAUAUUCUGAACGUUUGGUCAGUAUCGGUGGCAGGGAAAUACAUCCCAAUCCCGGUCUGCACGAUGAAAUAUGGGCUGUCAACGAUGACGUGAUCAAUCCUUCAACAUUGCUGAACUGUCGACGUAGAAUUACAACAUUACCAACUCCUUUGAGUCACAUGCAAGUUGUAGCAUUCAAUGAUUUUCUUUACGUCAUAGGUGGUUGCACAACUCAGUGUGCCCACGGGGAGUCUGCUGUCAAUUCAGUGGUUCGUUAUGAUCCACGGUUCAACGUGUGGUUUCAAGUCGCUAACAUGAUAAACAAGCGAGCUUACUUCUAUGCCGGUUUGUUAAAGAAUCGAAUCAUUGCUGUAGGAGGCAAGUUCAAAGAAGGGAGCUUGUCAGCAGUUGAACUAUAUGACCCAGAACGUAAUGUUUGGGUGCAGGGACCGAGUCUUCCUUUUUGUUACCAUGCUCACGCCGGGGCCGUUCAUAAAGGAAGGGUCUACGUGUCAGGGGGUUAUAGUUCUAAUCAUUUUACUCCAGACUUACUGAGAUUGGACGUCUUUACUGGAGUCUGGGAUGAAUUGUCACCAAUGUCUUAUCCUAGAGGCUGGCACGUGAUGUGCGUUGUUCGAGAUCGCAUUCUUGUUUUUGGAGGCUGCAAUUUGAAUGCGAACCAACACGCACUCCCCGUUAUGCAGUCAGAAAGCUAUGAUCCUGAUAUUGAUCAGUGGACUAACAUCACGCCUCUCUCUGUCUCACAUAAAGAAGCCAGCUGCGUGUUAUACCGAGAUAAGGUGUAUGUUUUGGGAGGCUACAACGUGCAAACAAAGACUGGACAGAAGUCUGUGUCGAGGUAUGAUCCUUAUUCAGCCGUUUGGGAGUGCGUAGGAUCUUUGUCUCAAAGUCACACUGGCGUUGGUUACUGCGUACUUAAACUGCCAAAAUUUGAAAAUCAUCCGCUUGAUUAGUAGAGCUAGUAAGUAACAUGCAUGAUUUGAAAUGUUUUCUUUUAUAUUCUGCGAAUAUUUAGCCAUCAUCAAUUGUUGUGUCGGCCAGUUUUUACUAUUCAAUGGUUUUAAUCAUCAUGCAACCCUCCUGAUUGAAGGAUAUUCCAAUGUCCUUGCAUGCUCAUUGUACUGCAGUAACUAUUGUUGAUUGUUGAUGUUCAUCAAAAUCUAAAUUUUUGUAUUUGGUUUAUGAAAUAUUUCUAAUUAUAAUGUUGUGUAUGUAAAAUAAAUUAGAAACUACUUCUCCACUCUUUCUUUUGUUCUAAAAAUAUAUUU